AUGGUGGGAUUGGUACCUAUUUUGGUGGUGGUGGUGCUUUUGUGGGUAUCAUCAAACCCAUCUCACCUUUUUGGUAGUCCUUAUAUCAUUUUCUCAAUCUUCAACUUUAUGAUUCUUCUCGUAACGGUUCGAAAUCAUGAGCCACGAUGUCUUCUUCAACCUUCCUAUCAUAAGCUUUGUCAAGACGCUGAAUUUAGUGCUCGUGAGGAAGACGAAGAUAAAAGAGAAGAUGAUGAAGACGAAAAUGCUGAUAGUAGUGAAAAUGAGAAAAUAGAUAGAGACAGAGAUGAAAUUGAACAAUUGAACGAGGAAGAUGAAGAAGAUGCAGAUAAUGACGGUUUUGAUGAAGAUGAAGAUAGAGAUGGAGAUGAAAUUGAACAAUCGAAUGAGGAAGAUGAAGAUAAUGACAGUGUUGACAAAGAUGAAACCGAGCGGUGGGAUGACGAAGAGGAGGAAGAAGAAGAGGAAUUGGAAACUGGACAUCAUUCAUACUAG